AUGGCCACCAGCUACCAGGACCCGCCGCCCGAGGACGCGGUGGCCCUGCUGCACCAGGCCGGCAAGGAUCCCGGCCUCGGCGUCGGCGAGGCGGGCGCCAAGGGCGAGCUGAGCCCGGCCUCCAGCAAGACGCCGGCGGCCACGGGCGCGGCCGCCGAGAAGGGCGACCCGUCGCAGAAGCCGCCCUACUCGUACGUGGCGCUGAUCGCCAUGGCCAUCCGCGAGAGCGCCGAGAAGCGGCUGACGCUGUCGGGCAUCUACCAGUACAUCAUCGGCAAGUUCCCCUUCUACGAGAAGAACAAGAAGGGCUGGCAGAACAGCAUCCGCCACAACCUGAGCCUCAACGAGUGCUUCAUCAAGGUGCCGCGAGAGGGCGGCGGCGAGCGCAAAGGCAACUACUGGACGCUCGACCCGGCCUGCGAGGACAUGUUCGAGAAGGGCAACUACCGCCGCCGCCGCCGCAUGAAGCGCCCCUUCCGCCCGCCCGCCGGCCACUUCCAGCCCGGCAAGAGCCUCUUCGGCGCCGCGGCCGAGGCGGCGGGCUACGGCUACCUGGCCGCGCCGCCCGCCAAGUACCUGCAGGCGCCCUUCCUCGCCUCGCCGCAGGCGGCGCCCAACGGGGCCCCCGCCGGGCUGCAGUUCGCCUGCGCGCGCCAGCCGCCCGAGCUGGCCAUGAUGCACUGCUCCUACUGGGACCACGACGGCAAGCACGGCGCCCUGCACUCGCGGAUAGACAUCUGA